AUGCAAUUAUGUAAUGUUUUGGAAUGAUGGUUUGAUUUUUUUUUAAUUUUUUUUUCAGCUGGGAUGAAUGGGUUCCAGAAAGCAGAGUGCUCAAAUACGUGGAUACCAAUUUGCAGAAACAAAAAGAACUUCAGAAGGCCAAUCAGGAACAGUAUGCAGAGGGGAAGAUGAGAGGUGCUGCUCCGGGCAAGAAGACUUCUGGUCUGCAGCAGAAAAAUGUUGAAGUAUUUUUCAGACGAGAUGGAGCGCAUACUGUUUGCUGUUUGGAGACCCCUACAAUAUCGACGCGGAAAACAAAAAAGAACAAGCAGAAAACUCCAGGAAUUGGAGAAGGGAGCAGUACCAGUGAGACGCCUCAGCCUCCUAGGAAGAAGAGGGCUCGAGUAGAUCCAACGGUUGAAAGUGAAGAAACAUUUAUGAACAGAGUUGAAGUAAAGGUGAAAAUCCCAGAAGAGCUGAAACCAUGGCUGGUAGAUGACUGGGACUUGAUCACCAGGCAAAAGCAGCUCUUCUAUCUUCCUGCCAAGAAGAAUGUUGACUCCAUUUUAGAGGAUUACGCAAACUACAAAAAAUCACGAGGAAAUACUGAUAACAAGGAGUAUGCAGUCAAUGAAGUGGUGGCUGGAAUUAAAGAAUACUUCAAUGUCAUGCUGGGAACUCAACUGCUGUACAAGUUUGAGAGGCCUCAAUAUGCUGAAAUUUUAGCAGAUCACCCAGAUGCUCCAAUGUCUCAAGUCUAUGGUGCCCCACACCUCCUGAGGUUAUUUGUGCGGAUUGGAGCUAUGCUUGCUUACACUCCUCUUGACGAGAAGAGUCUGGCUUUGCUGUUAAACUAUUUGCAUGACUUCUUAAAGUAUUUAGCAAAGAAUUCCUCGGCAUUGUUUAGCGCCAGUGACUAUGAAGUAGCCCCUCCCGAGUACCAUCGGAAAGCAGUAUAGGGCUGUGCUGCUUUACAGUGGCGUGAUGAUGGCAUCCUCGUCCAUUCUGCAUCUUGUUCUCCACCUUUUGAUUGCACAUGUGUCUCUUGCACAAAUUAUGUAAACAGAAAGUGAAUAAAGUCGUGUGCUUAAAGUGGAACUGGCAUUCGUAAGUUCGGGAGAUUUU